CUACGUUCUGCCACAGGAUAUAUGUAUCCAACCUGAGAUAUGGAUCGAGCCUUUUCUUCGCUUUGUUCUGGUAGGCAGGAUCAAGGAAGUGGGGUGACAACAUCGCGGACAUAAUCAACAUGAGCAAACCAGUACCUUGGGGCCGAGGUAUACUUGGCGGCGCAGCCAUCGUCGCUCUAGGCUGGGCGAUCAUGAAGGGGACGACUCCCUCUGAGAAAGAAUUCUACGACAAAUUGAGUCCUGAUCUGAAGCGGCAAGUGGACCAGCAGCGACAAGCGGCUGCCCGAAAGGCAGCGCUCGCAGAACAAAUAGCACGAGCGCGAGAGCAGGAUGACAGCGGUCCGGUCUGGGCAGCGAGCAAGGAAGCGAGAGACUCAAGGCCUCCACCUCGGCGGUAGUACAGAAAAGUAUGGGAGACACCUUCGCCGUAUUUUUGAUGCUUGACUCGCAGCGGAUUACAUUGUAUGGCCAGAAAGGAUGCGUGUGACCAACAUGGU